AUGGACAGCAAGAACGCAGACCGUUUCCAGCCAUGGAAAGUUGCCGCCGUUGUGUCCUUCUACAUGUGCGCCGCCCUGGUGAUGGUCUUUGUGAACAAGGCCGUGCUCAACUCUUCACCUGACCUUCCUCUCGUCUUCCUUCUCAUCCAGCUGAUCCUUGCAGUGGUGCUCUUGCAUGCCUCUGCACUGAUCACGCCGAAGGUUGAGAUCCCGAAGCUGAAGCUCGAAACCGCGAAGAAACUUAUGCCAGUCACCCUGGUUAAUGUCAUCGGCCUUGUCUUCAACAUUCUCUGCCUUCGCGGCGUCGAAGCAUCGUUUUUCCAGAUUGCGCGUGGUCUUGUCCUCCCACUCACGAUCAUGGUGUCCUCUGUCCAUACGCAUACCCGUCCGAGUGCACGCGUCGUCCUUGCCGCGUUCGCGGUCACCAUGGGAUUCUUCCUUGGAGUCGCGCCUUCCUCGUUCUUUUCGCUCUCUCUGCAAUCUCUGCAGUCUCUUCCCUCCGUGCCCGUGCGCACAAGCGGACUCUCCAUUCUCUAUGGCGUGCUGUCCUCUCUUUUCAUCGCCGUACACUCCGUACUCAUCAAGCUCUCCUUGCCGCACGCGGGCAACUCGACCAUUCAGCUUGCGUACUGGCAGAAUCUGGGCUCUGCAUUGUUCCUGUUCCCCGUCAUUAUCCUUCAGGGCGAAUUCGAGAAGCUGGCGCAACUGGUACACACGCCCUCGUGGAACUGCGAGGUGUUCGUCUGGGGAAGCAUCGUCACCGGCGUGUUUGGGUUCUUGCUCUGCGUCGCGGGCUUGCUGAGCAUUAAGGUGACGAGCCCGAUCACGCAUAUGUUCUCUAGCGCUGCACGCUCUGUCAUUCAGACUCUGCUUGGCGUCUGGCUCUUUGGUGAUCUCCUCACAACGAACCGGGCCGCAUCGAUCCUCGUCAUCAUGUUGGGUACGGUUUACUACACCUGGGCAAAGGCUAUGGAAAACGCGCCCCGGCCGAUUGCUCCCCGGGACUCCGACCUCGAGGCUUCUCGUGGCCUUGCGAAAGAACAGGAAGGCAUGCAGGAAAUCAUGUUCGACCUGCAGGGCGACGAGAAAGAGAAAAAGGCGCGCGAUUGA